UAUGAUUGUUGUUGUUGUCGUGGUUGUUGCUCGAACCCUUGCCCGGAGGUUUUUUACGCUUCACCUUCUCCUCGUCUAUGUCCUCCCCUUCUUAUUUAACCCAUGGCGUCCCGAAGUGACUCCGCGGGGUCUUCCCGCCCCCGAUCUCGUCGCUCUAUCGCCCAUGUCCCUCGAUCGCAGUUGACCUCUGCUCUUGAAAAGGAAAAUGCGACCACAAGCAUUAGCUCAUCUCAACCCAUCGGGGAGCGCCCGAAGCUUGCAGGGAAAGACAAGAAGUCUCGCAGUAAGAGUCUGGGACCUGGUGGUCUAGAUGCGCUCCAGGAUUCAAAUGGCAAUCGACGCAAGUCUACUGCAGCCUUUCCUCUCAAGUCGAUCCUGAAACCCACGGUUCCCGUCUCUCCCGUGCGCAACAUCCCCACGUUUGAGGAAACACGCAGACGAACGCCCGCGCGCGGACCAUCCCACAAUGACGGCACCGGUGAAGGUCAAGAUCAGGGCAAAGAGGGCCUGCUGAUUGACUUCGACACCCCGGCGCAACCUUCCGCCUCUAAUGGCGAUGACCGGGCCAAUCCUUUCGACAGCUUCAAUGCCGAGUCAAUUCGUGAUGAGAUGGCCGCCGUAAGAGAGCGAGAAGAGAAGGAACAGCGAGAGCGAGAGCGAAAGAUGAUCCUUCAACAAAGAGAGGCGCGCCGGAAAUCGAUGGCAAACCGCCGUGUAUCAUUUGCCCCCGAAGCAACAUUGCACACGUGGAAUGUGGUGGAGAUACCUGACGACUCGACCUCUUCGUCUACUUCCAACUCAACAAGGCGUGCAUCUUCCCUGGCAAACCAGACGCCUCAGAACCAAGCUGGGCCGACCGAUCCUCCUUCUUCCCCCGAUCUGGACGCAGAAUCAGACAUUGGCUUUUCACCCGUUCAGUAUCCGGAUCUACAGCAGCUUCAAAAUCGCUCAAUGUCUUCGCAGGAAAUGUCUUCGAGCCCAUUUAGUGGGAGCUCGGCGGACGGCAGUGAAGACACUGGGUUACAAGGCAUGCAGGACGAUAUCGACGAUGACGAUGACGAUGACGAUAAUUCAUCAACUUCUGGUUUCGACGGCGAGAGUACUGCGAUGAGUAUGGAUGACAUGUCGGUUCAUUCUGCAGUAACAGCACGAUCAGAUGGGUCUGAGACCAGCUCCAGUGCUCGGUUGAAUGAAGCUCUACGGCAAGCAGCUCGGGAAGCAGGCACACGCGGGAUUGAAGAAGAUGACGACGGUGAUAUGUCGAUGGAAAUCGCCGAUCAGGAGAUCACUGGUGCCUUUCAACCGUGGAUCAAGAAGGGAGAACGCCAAAGUUUCGACUGGGAAGAUAUCAGCGCCCGGCAUGACCAAGAAAACGUUCAACCUUCAGAGUCCGUGGCCGGUCAACCGGCCGUUGCGGAUGCGCCAAGCGACAACGAGGAUGAGGACCUCAGUAUGGAUGUAACCAAUGCGAUUGGACGCAUUUUGCCUGGUCAGCGAAGUCGUCGUCAGAGCACACUCCGUCGCAAGUCUACUAGCGAAGAGACCAUCUACGACGAACAAACAAUGGAGCUAACCAAUGUUAUCGGAGGUAUUGCGCAACCGAUUUCUCCUGCCAGAUCUAUGGGAGCCGACAGCAACGCCGACGAAGAUGAAGGGAUGACCAUGGAGUUCACGUCAGUCGUGGGUGGUGUUUUGAGCAAACCAUUUACGGCCAAUGAAGCCGACAAGAACGACCACGACCAAGCAGAAUCCUUCACACCAAUCACCAAACCACGAAGUUUAUCUGAGUGGGACAAUGAGGAUGACAUGGACGACGGCAUGGAUAUGGAGAUCACUGGAGCUAUUGGUGGCAUACUUCCCGCAGCCGAAGAGCACGAUGAACCAGAGAACGAUGAACCAAUGGAUGAGGACCAAACUGAGGGUAUGGAAGUCACGGCCGCGGUGGGUAAGAUUCUAUCUCGAGCAGAACCCCAAGGUAGAGAUGAAGCCGAAGAAGCAAUGGAAGUUGAACCAGAUGCAGCUCGCCAGGAUAGCUCGCCUUUCCAGGAGUCCGCUCGGCAGUCGCCUGCAAAAUCACCGGCUUCUUUCCAUGUUGCAGCUGUUGCUUCAGAAAGUGGGAGCCCUAGUCUGGCGAGUGUGAGAUCCAGACGUACAAGGUAUAGCUUAAGCCAUGCCGCCUCAAGCACACCGAUUUCGCAUACACCGGAGCUAUCUCCAAACAAGGAUUCAUUAUCUCCUCCAAAGCAGUCGACGCCGCAGGUCAGCGGUCUUUCGCCACCUGCUACUACAUUGCCGAACUCUACGGAUCUCAAAAGUCCAUCGCCCGAGAACCUCUCGCAGCCGGAGCCUCCAGUGCCCACAAGCGAAAGAAGAUCCCCAAGGCGCAAAAGCCUUUUCGGGAAUGCUGCUACAGGAGAAUCCGCUCCCCUGUUUGUCCUGCAACCCCAUGGAAAGAGGCGGUCCUCUGGUCUUGGGAUCGAUAGAGAAGGGCUUGGGUCACCCAAGGUGGCUGCUAUGCUUGACAAACGUCGGUCGAUUGGUGAAGAGGUACCACAAUUCGUCCCCCAGGAACAGCCAAAACAGGGCGUGCGCUUUGAAGAUCCCGUGAAACUCCAGGAGGAGGUCGAGAGAGAACGCGAAGAGGAGGAGAAUCGGGAGGAUGGGCAUAUCCCACCCCCCAAUCUAGACCCCACGGCUAACCUGAAAGACAUGAUCUCAAGCCUUACACCGAAAAAGAAUAAGUUGCGUGGUAGGAAGAGCUUGCAUGUUGGUGCCGCUCGUGGCGUCCUCGGUAAACGGCCCGUGGAGCUGGAUAUAGACGAUGAAGACGUCGAUAACACACCUAAGCGCCUGAGGGGCCGUGUGGACGUGAGUCCGGUGAAGAAUAUCAGGCUUCCUGCACCACCGUCCAAGGAUGAAACAGUUGGCCGCGCCGCUCGCUCUCCUCUCAAGCUUUUCAGUGGAUCUCCGUUGAAGAUGAGCACUACUCCUAGCCAGGAAUCCAAAGGCAGCUCUUUGGCAAUCAGUCCGGCGAAAAUUGGAUUGGAGUCCUCGAAGUCACCAUUGGGCGUCGAAUCAACGGAAGAACAGGAACCUGUUGUUGAAGAUUCGGGCCCCGAAUCGGAACCCAUACAGUUGCAGGAUUUCCUAAACAUGACCAACAUUCACUUCAUGGAGCUCACAACAACAAAGAGGCGGCACACAACUGCACCUGACAGCGCCACCAAACGAGCAAUGAGACUUUCGACCGAAAGUCAGGCCAACUCAAGCGCUUCUAGCUUUGAAGCCUGUGUGGCAGCUGGGUUCUGCACCGUACCCAUGCUCGAGCUAUAUCAGCAUUCUUGUCGGGAACUGAAAUCCUACAUUUCUGAAGGCAGACAGAUCAUUCGAUCCAUUGAAACCGAAACUUUUGCCGACAAUCCGCCACUGUUCCGUGAAUACAUGACGGCUCCUCCCGACAUCCGUCUGCUGAUGGACAACCAAUUCCGCAAUGUCAAGACCCACGCUAGACUUCUCAGCAAAGCCACGUGGUACGAGUGGCGCAUGAAGCUUCUAGAGGGUUUGAAAGACGGACUUGACCGGCAUGUGCAGGAAAUGAAGGCGGACGGUGAUCUUCUGUCGAAACAUGAAACCCUUCUCGGCGAUGUCGUUCCCGCCCUCGUUGAAAAGCAUUCUACCCUUGAGGAAGAAGCCACAAGACUACAACAGCUCGCAGACGAAAUGGAAAACUGUGACCAAGAUGAACUGCACAGUGCAAGAGAGAAGCUCGUUGACAUAGAAGCGGAGAUCGAGGAAAGGAAGAGACAACUCCAGGAGAUGCAAGACGAACUCAAAGACAAGACAGACACCAUCGAGUCUGGCACCAAGCUCAAAGCAGAAUACACAGCCCAGAUCCAGGAAGCGGAAAGAAUCAAGGAAGAAUGCCGAGGCUGGAGCGCCAAAGAGAUCAGCGAGCUGAAAGAAUCCGUCCGCAACCUUGAGCGCCAGACAGGCUGGGGCAUCAUCUCAGCGACCUCCACGGAGGAAUCCCCCGCAGGCCCAACAGUGACCAUGACCUACCGCAGCCAGCUCCAACUCACCUUCCACCCGGCCUCAUUCCACACCACGAGCGAUACCCAGACUCCACCCCCGGAGCUGAAAUACGUCCCUACAAACGACAGCAAACGCCCCAUCCCGACCCCCCAGCUCUCACCAAUCUCCCUCCUCGUCCUCAAAUCCCUCCAAAACCACAUCACAACCACCCAGCCCUCCACCAUCACCCCCAAACAACUCCUCCACUUCAUCUCCCAAGCCUGGGACCUCACCCUCAAACUGGAAGAAGAAGCCCGCAUGCUCGAAUUCUGCGGCGUGACCAAGCUCAAACUUCUCGACGUCGAAAACACCCCUUCCCUCCGGGCCCGGUGCACCCUUCUCGGCCCCAUCACCAAGUCCUCCACCAAGCGCCGCAUCGACGUCGACUUUGCCGUCAAAACACAAAUCCUGCACAACCAUGAACAACAGACCGGACAAAUCGGCACUCUGGAUAUCCAGACUGAUGUUCUCGCUAGUAAAGUCUACGGCUUUGGAUCCGGUAACGAGGCGGGGAUUUCGGAGACUGAGAUGCGGAGUAUCCUUGAAGUGGAAAUACCUGAUAUUAAGCUGGGUGGUGGGGUUUGGAGUACGGCGGUUCGGAAACUUACUGGGGCGGUGUUUUAGUGGCGUGAUCUGGUUGGUGGUCUUACUUACCUUGUUGUAAGGAUUCAUCGAGGGAUAAGUGGGGGUUCUUUUUCGAAUUCGUUCUGUAGUUAUUUUUUAAUUAUCUAUAUGGGUGGGCUGGGGAUGGUGUUUCGUUUGGUUGGUCGGCGAUGGGUUCAUGGGAUGGAAUGGGGGUUAUUUCAAUGCGUUCGGGUUGUUUACUAAUAGUGCUGGUGUUGUACAACUGGAAUAAAUAUCCUACGGUUUCUUUCAUUA